UCAAACAGAAAGAGAUGGAUUCCUUCUUCAGAGGCCCCUUGUGGAUCAUACUCAUCCUCUUCAUGCUGCCUCACUGCUCCUACAGCUCCGAGGGAAGACCGGUCUGCCCUCAGAGCUGCGACUGUUCGUAUAAGAAUGUCGUCCUGUGCAUAGGCGACAUGGUCACAGACGUACCUAAGGAGAUGCCCCCUCAGACAUACGAGCUGUACCUCAACAACACAAACAUGAAUGUUAUAAACCAUCAGAGCCUGGAAAACCUGGAUUUAAUGCAGCGCUUCGGUCUGACCCACAGCCACCUACACACCAUCCAACCGCUGGCUUUCCACGUCGCUCCAAAGCUCAGGUUCAUCAAGCUGUCGUCCAACGAUCUCACCACGCUUCCCGCUCUAGUGUUCAGUCCGCUGACCAUUCUAGAGCAGCUGUUUUUAGAUGGAAACCAGCUUGAGACCAUUUCUCCAGACAUAUUUAACAGACUUGUUAAGUUGCAGGUUCUGGACCUGGGCCGCAACAAACUGAUGGAUCUCCCUCCGGGUGUUUUCAAUGGACUGACCGAACUCACAUAUCUCAACCUUGCCAGGAACCGCUUGAAGAGGCUUUCUCCCACAAUCUUUCGCUCCUUGAUCAACCUUCUCAAACUCUACAUGUACAAUAAUGAACUCGAGGCGCUGGAGUCUGAGAUGUUUGAUGCACUCAUCAACCUCCAGGACCUACUGAUCGACCACAACCAGAUCGCCAGCCUCCCGCGGCUUCUGUUCCAUCCACUGACGAACCUGACGAGUCUCACUUUGUCCUCCAACCAACUUCAGGGUGUCCCCCAAGAAACCUUUUAUAAUAUGCCCAAGCUGAGCAAGCUGACCCUCUACAACAACCCCUUGCUUUCUCUACCAAACCAGCUGAUGGGUCACAUGCCUGAGAUGAGAGAAUUGUAUCUGUACUACACCAAACUCACUACUGUUCCUGGGAAUUUAUUCAGCAACAUGUCCGGGCUGUUGAGGCUUCACCUCCAUUUAAAUGAACAUCUCAGAGAGUUGCCCGCAGACCUUUUCUGCUGUCUCCCCCACCUCAAGAAGCUCUCGCUGAAAUUCAACGACCUCCACUAUCUACAUCCUCAGCUGUUCUCCAAACUCACCUCACUGAACAUGUUGGUUCUGAGCGGCAACAGUCUGCAAAACCUAACCGAAAACGUUUUUCAGGGCCUCGAAGAGCUUCAGACCAUUGAUUUGAAGAAUAACUACCUCAAGACUCUGCCAGGAGAUAUUUUCUUGUCAAAUGAAGCGUUGGGCACUCUGACUCUGAUUGGCAACCCCUGGGAUUGCACGUGCAGCAUCAGAGGUAUUGCAAGAUGGAUAAGAAGCAAUGCUCGUGUGGUCAUUGACAAAGGAAAUGUGACAUGUCGAAGUCCAUCUAACAAACAGCUCCGUACAUUAGAAUCUUUGCAAGAUCAGGAGUUCAGUUAUUGUGAUGUUUCCACUGUUUUUCCUGGGAAGAACAAUUUGCCAGCCUCAACAACCACUGCUCCAGCAACACCAUCAAGCACCAUUGAAGUCAUCAUACCAUCAUCCACCAAACCUGCAAAUUCAACCACCUCCAAUGCUGCAACAUCCUCCCUCCACCCUGCAACCACCGCUCUACCAAAAGAAGAGCUCCCUCUCAGUACCGAUACUCACGUGAGCUAUCAGCCGUCACAGGUUUUCCAUGACCGGCUGGUGAUCGAGCAGGGGACGGAGUAUGUUCACCACAACCACCACAGCGGCUGGGUGUUGGUGUGGUUUCUGCCCUCAGACACAGCCUGGGCUGGGUUCCUGAUGUUCUGUCACAUCCUUCUCGCGACCACAGGCCUGUUCCUCAUUCUUGCUGCCAUGUAUACUUUGUAUCGGCUCGACAAGACCAUGGAUAAGCUGAAGGCCGAGUGUACACCCUUCAAAACAAGAGACUCCAAGUCAAUCAGUCAUCGCCAUGAUUUCACAAGGAGAAACAUGGACCUGCCCCUGACCCUUCAUGUGUUCCUUCUUCUCUGUUCUCUAAAUGCUGUUGUUUGGGCUUGUCCAGUUGGAUGCAAAUGUCAAACAAACAAAAUACUCUGCAGUGGCCUCUCAGACUUCCCCACACCUCUGCCCUCAUCUACCACUGCCCUCUACGUGGCCAACUCCAGUAUCUACUCUCUGAAACCAGAGGACCUGGCUGUUUUCUCUAACGCCCUCAACAUCUUUGUGAUUAAAGACACUGUUCUGAAGGAGGUGCAACCUGGCACACUUGAUGCCACUCUGAAUAUAGGUGCCUUGGGGUUUACUGGCACGGAACUGCAAGAUCUCCCAGAGGCCUUAUUCCAAAAUCUUCAGAGUCUUGAGUCUCUGACUCUAAAGAGCAACAAACUCCUGGUAAUCCGCCCUCAUUGGUUUUCCUCUCUGAAGUAUCUGAAAGUUCUUGACCUAAGCAAGAAUCUUUUCACAUCUGUACCUUUUGAAACUUUUAACACUCUCACUCAGCUAAGUUAUCUUUUACUUUCCGGAAACAAUAUCAGUCAACUGUCUGUUGAGACAUUCAUGGGUCUUUCUAAGCUUAAAAUCCUCCGGCUUAGUAAAAACUCCCUACAGGAACUCCCUGCUGGCAGUCUGGAUGACCUUGGCAAUCUGGAGGAACUAUCCCUAAAUGACAAUCUAAUCUUUCACCUCCACCGUGACCUGUUCUCUAACAAUCGGAAGCUCCAAAAGCUGUUCCUCUCUAACAACAGGCUUACAUCUAUUCCACUGGGGAUCUUUUUAAACCUUCCCCUCCUUUCCCAGAUGUCACUGUAUGAAAACCAGCUGGAGAGUCUGGGUCCAGGGGUGUUUGGGCCCAUGCCCUUGCAGGAGCUGUGGCUUUAUGACAACAAGCUCAGCCGUGUGGAGGAUGACACCUUCAGAAAUCUUACUCAGUUGCGUCUGCUGGUGCUGAGUCGCAACCAGAUCAACUACGUUUCUUCCGGGACCUUCAGGGGGUUGGAGAAGGUGGGAGAGAUAUCACUUCACACCAAUCUGCUCACAACCUUGCAAGCUGGGACUUUCCAAGGUCUUCCAAGCCUGGUUAACAUUUCCCUGGAGCAUAACUUCAUCAGCUCCUUCCCUUCAGGUUUUCUGCAGGGUGUGAGCCAUCUCGGACAGAUAGACCUGCGAAACAAUUCCUUCAACAGCAUGCCACAGGAAAGUCUGGAUGCACUCAAUGUGACAAAUGAAGUACUCCUACAGCAGAAUCCCUGGAGGUGUGAUAAAGAUAUUCUGCCUCUUAGGGAUUGGCUUAGACAGCACCCAACCAAGGCCAACCAAACCCUUGUGGUGUGUGAAGUGCCUUUCAACCUGAACGGUGAGGUGAUCGUUCUGCUGACAAACGAGAACCUGAUGCCUCUCAGCUCUACCGAGGAUCCUGUGUUGACUUCAACAGAGAAGAGGAGGAAACCAAAUACCCCUCCAACGAGAAGAAGCACUGUCCCACCUGCUGUCAACACCACGCCCACCUCGGAGCCUGAGGAAGUCACCAGCAGCGGACAGGGGGAACAGGGACCGGUUUCUAAUAACACUGCGAUGACCCUUCUCAUCAUCGCAGUAGUGUCCACUGUCCUCAUUAGCACUGUGAUCAUCAGCUGCGUGUGCUGGAGGAAGAACAAGAGAGGCAGAGGAAAUAUAGGCCGCAGAAAUAAGAACUCUGUGCUGUAGACCACCCAGCAUCGAUAACACAGGAACUUUUAAAGCCAAGGGAAACUGCUCGCUGAUUACUGAGGUCAUCCCACAAAACCUGGAGCAUAGCGUUGAUUUUAGAGCCUCCAAGUCAUAGAAAGAACCGGAACAGCUCCUUCUUCUUCAGCUAGAACCAACAAGGAAACUGAUUUUCUUUAGUAAUUAGUUAGCAUACCGCUUUGUACCAGUCCUGUGUGCUCUAAAACGUGAUCUGUCAUCUUGCACACUAUCUUUUUAAAACCGUUUAAUGGGAAAGUGGGAUUAUUUGGUGAAUGUAAACUGAAAUGCACACAAACAGUGUACUUCUUUUGAAUGAACUGAGUACUCUCGUCAAUGGUCUUUCAUUAUUUCAUAAUUAUUGCAGUUUGAAUUUUUGUGCUAACAAUACAUUUCAGCAAAAGUUGUAAUCAUUGAAUGAGUAUCUAUGCUAAAUCAAAGAUGUAAUUGUUCAUCCAUUGUAAGACAAUUCAAAGCAACAUGUUACCUUGCAAUGAAUAAAUGCACUGCUUUUAGAAGAA